GCGAGCGCAAAAGACGCGCGUCCGCGGAAUAAAUCGCGUCGGAAAACAAUUUUUUUAUAAGUAUACUAGUUGUUUACGAAUGGUGCAAAUUAAAAUGCUUGGCUUUGUGACCGUUGUGCUGGUUUUAGCACUAUCAGUUCGCACACAGGACCAAAGCACUCCAAUCUCACCAUGCCCGAAUGUUUUCGAGUAUGAAACGCCGGGGUCAGAGGCUGGGAGGUGGUAUGGCGUUGUCCAUGUCUCCACUGACAGCACGUUAUAUUCUCUAUGGCUCAAUAUCGUUCUGGAUAGUAAAGCUGAUAUACUUGGGAAUUGGAUAGGCGAUGUCACAACGCAAGACAACAUGAACUUCAAAAUCGAAAGCACGCAGACGAAGAUCAAUCCCGGGCCAGCAACGGCAGUUAGAUUUUUCGUCCAAUACAAUACUUUGAACAAAGCUCCUCGUCUUUUAGCCAUCAGAUUGAACGGACGUGAAAUUUGCAAUGCAAACAACCCCCAGCCUGCCCUUGAGAGCCCUCUGUCUUCGGGCGAUUCAAAGCCGAACCGAUUCGUCACAGCUUCGACUGGUAGACCCCAAACACAAUCCAAUCGAAGACAACAAACUACUCCAUCCCCUAGACCAACAAGUAGACCCUUGAAUACUGACUCGAGGACGCCAGAAACUGAAAGACCGCAAAUUCCUAUUAGAAGACCUCAGGAUCCAGUUGUGAGGCCACAGAUACCGGAUACGAGAACACAGAGCCCUGAUGUUCGUCCAGAGCACCUGUUGCAGACUAGACCCGUCCAAGGUCGACCGUCUACCGAAGCCGAGCGACCAGUUUACGUAAAACCCGUGAAUUCCGCAAAUCCAUCGAGCAUUUCGGGUGGAGAGGUAUCUUCUCAGUCGUAUAAUCAGAAUCAGGACAGAGGACCUUCGAACAAUAAUCCUAGGUUCACUCCUGCGCCACCCACGUACCGUCCACCCUCGAAACAGCCUAGCUCAUCACAACACCACGACGACAAUGGAAGUGCAGGAGACGUUGACGACUACGAAUAUUUCACGGGAGGCCAGCCCACCAUCAUAUUGCCGAGCAGCAACCGAAGCGAUCAGAAUACCUGCGGCCGAGUACUGUUGAACAGGCCUAUACCUUUAGUUUUGAACGGGGUCCCGACGUUAGAAGGUCAAUGGCCUUGGCAGAUCGCCUUAUACCAGACUCAGAGAGUAGACAACAAAUACAUAUGCGGAGGAACGCUUGUGUCACACCGCCACAUCAUCACGGCGGCACAUUGCGUCACAAGGAAGGGCUCUCAACGACUCGUGAACAAGGAUACGCUGACCGUGUACUUGGGGAAACACAAUCUCAGAACUUCCGUCGACGGCGUGCAGAUCAGAUUCGUCAGUCAAAUAAUAAUACACCCAGAAUACAACGCGUCGACAUUCAGUCGUGACGUCAGCAUCUUGGAGCUGAAAGAAAGAGUCAGCUAUUCGAAAUGGGUUCAGCCAGCUUGUCUUUGGCCCGGCAAUCAGAUCUCCCUCAAUAAUAUUGUAGGGAAGAAGGGAUCAGUGGUAGGCUGGGGCUUUGAUGAGACAGGAGUGGCGACAGAAGAGCUCAGCCUGGUGGAGAUGCCCGUGGUUGACACUGAAACCUGCAUCAGGUCUUACAGCGAAUUCUUCGUCAGAUUCACAUCAGAGUACACGUACUGCGCCGGAUAUAGAGACGGAACAUCAGUCUGUAACGGCGACAGUGGUGGCGGAAUGGUCUUCAAGUUUGGCGAGAGCUGGUACCUCAGGGGCCUGGUGUCGCUCUCCGUGGCCAGGCAGAACGAAUGCAGAUGUGACCCCAGCCAUUACGUAGUGUUCAGCGACUUGGCUAAAUUCCUACCUUGGCUUCAAGAAAAUCUCUUUGACUAUUAACUUCUGUUCGGUUAAGCGAUUUUUAAGAAUAAAACGAAAAUGAAAA